AAAGUUCUUCAUGUACUUGUUGAUGGGGAUGUUAUCUGCACACCAGAUGCAUUGGAAUCAUUGGUCUCAAUGCUCACAUUUAUGACUGCAACAUGUGAAAAGCUUCCUUCAGGCAAGGCAAAGUUGGUUUCAGUUGUCCCACACUUAAUUUGUGAUAUCAUUGCAAAAGAGAAAAAAAGCAUUGGUUUGAGUAUUGAGGCUGUGAAGCUAACAAAUAUUAUUCUUGGAGAUGAAGCUAAUCAUGACUUGGAUCCAUCAGAUGCUGUGUGUCUGGCUUCCAAAGAAUUAGAGGAUAAUAUGGAAUUUCUGCUUGUUAGCGCUGGAGAUUUUGAACUACAAGCAGGAAUGGUUGAGCUUAUUGUUCGUCUCCUUCCAUGUGCCAGCAGAUUCACAAAGGCUCCACAAUACUUCAUAGAUAAAUUUGUUUCUCAGGCUUUCAGAGAAAUCAGCAUGGAAGACUUUGAAGCAGGUUGUAGGCACUUUCUCAACACUUUGAAUGAAAGUCAAAAGGAAAAGCGAAGUGUGACCUCAAUUCCAUGUUAUUCAGCUCACUUUGGAACACUACAGGUUUACCAGCCAAGCUAUGAGAAAAUAAAGGAUUUUUGGAUAGAUUUUAACUAUGGUAGUGAGUCCAUCACACUUUUUGUUGAGGAGAGAGACAGAAGUGGAAAUUACAAGGAAGGUAGCUCAUGGGAGACAGUACUCAUUAAAGCAGGAGAUGUUGAGGACUAUCGGAUCAAAGAUUUAGAAACAAAGAAAGAUGAGGUUGCCCUCCUUUUAAAACUAAAGCAUGCUGCAUCUGAACUUGUUUCCUUUGGACCUCAAUUUGACAAUCAGUUUGUCAAAUUUUCUUUCAGUGGAAUUUUCACUAACCUUCUGACAUCUGUAUUAAAAAAAAUUAUGGGAAGUCCAAAGUUUCCACCCAGUAGUGACUCAGAUGUGAGCUUGACUCCUUCAACAAAAGCUUCAGUAGCCAUGAAUCCUGUCUGCAUUAAAAGUACACAAGUAGAGGUGACAUGUGUUUGGCCUGUCAUGCCUACAGCUACCUUGAUGUCGCAGGAACAAAGAAGAAGUGACAGUUCCACUGAUAUUGACAUGAGUAAGAAAAACUUUUUAGAGAAAUCUUUACCAACAGCUUUUAAUGUAAGCAAGAGAUUGAAAGCCAGCAAAAAAAAAGAAGAGUCCUUAUCAAAUGGUGCAAAGACCUACCAGGGUAUUAGAGAGAAAGUUUUCUCUACCAGACAUUCUUAUCCAUUGGUUGAGAGCCAAAAGAAAAUCAUUGGCACAUUACCCAUGGUGACUCCAGCAAGAAGGCGAGACCCAAGAUCUGGUAAGAGGAGAAUUAGGUCAUGCACCCUUGUACAAGUAAAGGGUUAUAGAAGCAGGAAAGCAGAAAACACAAAGCUAUCAUUCAGCUCCUCGUCAAAUGUAUUUUCUGAAAGUGACAUUUCUUCCAAUCAAGGAUUAAAAAAGGAUAGACCUGCAAGGAGUAAGGUUUUGGUGCCAGAUCCAGCAAAGAAACAUCAGAGAAUUAGUGAUGUUGUUUACGAUGAAAACAGGAUUGACAUGGGCAAAUAUAAAACAGGUAAUGAUAUCCCUAAAAAUCAAGGGGCGAAUGAAGACGCUACUAGUAGAAGACGUUCGCAAAGCACUAAAGUACAAAAGAAGCAAGCUACAUCUCAUGUUUUUGCCCUCAAAUCCACAAAGGAUGCUGAUGAUGAGGAUGAUUACCUUCAAGAAAAUCAGUAUGAGACGGUUUUGGAUGAUUAUGAACUUGAAAGCAGUGAUUAUACUACAGAAUACUAUCAAGAGGCUGAAUAUGGAACGUCUUCACCGGUUGUUAAAGUCGAUAAUGCAUCUCAAAGGCAUAAAUCAUUGGAGGAGGAUUUACUCAUCAGUCCUCAUGAUAUGGAUGAUUAUGCAAGAUUCGACCAUCAAAAUACAAGAAAGCCAGUUACGAAGAAAUUCAAGAUAGCAAAGGACAGGAUAGAAAUUCUGAAAAAGAAAAACAGCAGAGUAUGUAUAGAUUUUGUGUUUUUGCCAACCCCGAAGUCACGUGAAGGGUCAGGUGACAAUUGUAAGGGAGAAGAAUCUCAACGCAGCCCAAUGAACCUCUCUAAGAUUACUCCCAUAGGCGAGGCUUCAGAAGCAAGUGACGUUACUGAACAAGACGAAGAUAAAGAGAAGGAUGUUGAAGUUAAAGCUGACUCCGCUAAUAGCGAUAUUGAAAUAGAUUAUAACUUCGACAUAAAUAUGACACCAAUUUAUAGACGUAAAUAUAGGAAUGAGCAAAGAUUGGCUGGAAACAAUACGCAGCUUAGCUCCAGUGAGGGAAGGUUAGGUUUGAAGCGUGUUGUGUCUCGAGAUGACUCAGGAAUUGGCGAAACACCUUUCCAAGGAAAGCAUACAAAAGUAUCCAAGAAAAAGUCUUUGAGACAAAGGCCUCUUCAAGUCUCUGUUGUAAAGACACCGAUCACGCCAAGAUCAGAACUAGAUAAGGAUAACUGUGCAGAUGUUGAGAGUGGAAAAGAGUCCGCCUCAUCCCAAGAGUCAGGAAAGGAAAUUAUGGUUAGAAAGCGAAAGAGGAACUACUUUGAGUGGUCACGAUCAGGCCCCAGCUAUCCUGGUGGCGCAUCUCUUACAGCGAAGAGUACUGAACAUAGAGAAGGCUGGUAUAGUCGAAGUUUUUACAGGCCAAGGAAACUUUCCUAUGAAGAAAACAGAGAGGAGCCUGACGAAGAAGAAGAUGAUGGUGAAGAAGAAGAAGAAGAAGAAGAAGAAGAAGAAACCAGGAAAGAGGUACAGGGACUGAUCAAUUUUGCCGGACGAAAGAUUAUGAAAGCAGUUCGUAGAAAGCGUCUCAUGAUCCGGUCGUUUGUGAAGAAAUCCAAUGAGGUCAUGUUUACCACCAUUGACUCCCUAUGGAGUCAAACACAGGCAGCCAGUUACGACAAAUUGAGGAGCUGCAAGAACCAAUUCUCAGAACAAGUUCAAGUUCUGGAGAAGGAAAUUGAUAAAACAUCUGCUGUCGUAAGAGGAAUAGAGGAAACCUUCAAUGGUUUGGAAAAACAAUUCAAGAUCCUCAAGAACCAAAGACAGGUGGAAAACAAGAGGUUCAAAGGCUUGGAACAUCUUCAGGUUGUCAUGGAAAGUGAACUCACAAAGUUGAAGCGUAAAAGAGAAGAACGAGAGAUAGCAGUGCGAACUGAGAUGGAAAACGAAAUGGAAAAGCUACAGAAUAAAUUUCUUCAAGACGCUCGCAAGCAGACAGAAGAUUACCUUAAGAUGACAUUGAACACCUUACGCAUCCUUUGACGUUACUACAAUGAAUUGUGCUUUUGGUCCAAGUGUGUUAAGAAAAGAUGAGACUGUUCUCUUGGUGUCUUCCGCAAAGAAAUGGCUGGUGUUUGACGAUUUUCAGUAUAGAGGUUCGAACAAAUUAUCGGGUCUUUUUGUAUUACACAUUGAAAGAUACAAAAUUGAAGCCAAAACAGAAAAAUAAGUGAAUGAAAAAAGGAAAACGUAGAACAAGUUAAACGGAGUGGUUUUAUGAACCAGUUGUUAGUUUGGUUUUCUAAUUUAAAGUUACUUCCUUCUCGAAAUACAUAU